AUGACGAGCUCCGCCCCCGCACCUCAUGCCUCCGCAAUCCCCAAAGCCAACACCCAAGAACAAGAGCCACAGACCUCGAACAGCAAAAAAGAACAGCAAACAACAUUAGCAGCCAGUCUCACCUCACAAAUCCACCAACCAAAGCUCCGCCUUCACGUGGAAGACCUACGCCAUCCAGCCUCAAGCGCCUUCCUCGCCUUGAUCCCAGACAUCGCAUCAACCCUCGACACAGCCCUAGCAAACAUCAUCAAAUACCUAUAUACUUCACCCCCAAAGUCCGAGAACCACCACCAACCCUCCUUCACACCCAGCAUCCCGCCAACAAGAUCCGUAACAGUCUUCCUGCGCGAUUACAGCGGCGUAGCCUACACAACAGGCACAGAGCUCGACGAUGCACACAAGGAAAUCCACGUCUCGCUCCCAUACAUCCAGCACUGUACAUCCGGUCCAUCUGCGAAAGAUGACCCGCUCCACGAACUGGUCGGGGUCUUGACCCACGAGCUCGUGCAUUGCUAUCAGCACACCGCGCCGCCUAGCUCCCACGAAAACAGUAACGGGGACAUCCCCCGUCCGCCAGGCGGACUAAUCGAGGGUAUUGCUGACUUCGUGCGGCUCAAGGCUGGUUUGGAGCCGCCGCACUGGAAACGUCCUCUGUCUGCUGCGGAGCGGCCGCCGAAGUGGGAUAUGGGGUAUCAGCAUACGGCAUAUUUUCUGGCGUGGCUUGAGGAUGUUAGGGUUGGGAGGGGCGCUGUGGGGAUGUUGAAUGAUCGGCUUUUGAGAAUUGGGUAUGUUGGUGAAGGGGAGGGGAAGGAUGUGGGUGAACAGGGUAUCGGGUUCUGGAAGGGUCUUUUCGGGAUUGGGGUUGUGGAUUUGUGGGAAGAGUAUGGGCAAUAUUUGGAUGAUCCUACAAAGGCGGGUGUCAGGAGGAAUAGUGGAAACUGGGAGGAUGAGAUUCUUAACCCGGAGUGA